CUCCUGCUCACGGAAGCGAGCAAAGCCAUCGUCUGCAGGCUUCUCCAUCUUCUCGACCGUCUAAUUCACAACCUCGGCUGUCGCUAGCACCCGACACCCGCGCCCACCUCAAUCCUUAGGCACCCUCACCCUAGUAUAAAAGCCAGCACCCAACUGUCCUUUCUCCCAACAAACCAGCCUCACCAAGCAUUCAACGCACCUCCCAACCCACCUAUUCACCACACACAAUGGUCGUCUACGGCAUUCACAUCACUGGCGUCAAGAACAGCGCCGCGCUCGACGGCGAGGUCCCCGACGCUCAGAAGUUCCACAAGGACGUGAUGGCGAUGAAGAAGGCGGACGGCAGCCCGCUCGUUAUGUCCGUCCGCGGCGGGCGCCUCACGUUCAACAAGGGUCUCUCGGGCGACUUCCAGUUCUGCUCGAUCUACGAGUGCGCUAACGAGGCCGAUCAGAAGGAGGCCGCCGACCGCAUCCAGAAGGAAGGUUCCACUGGCAAGUGGGGCAACGCCGACAAGCUUAACUCCGCGUUCGAGCAGGCCAACGUCUGCUUCCAGGAUGGUGCUUGGUAGACAAAGACCUGAGAAUUAUUCGGUUGCUAUAUACACGAAUAUGUAGCGUCGUCAGGAGCCUCACUUGUCUCUCGGUAUCGCGUUGAAUGCAUAGUAUGCUUUUUGAACGUCC